GGGGGCGGCUCUCAGUGGUGCGGCCGGCGGGCGGCGAUGGCGGCCGUACGGGGCCUUCGAGUGUCGGUGAAGGCGGAGGCCCCGGCGGGGCCGGCCCUGGGGCUCCUGUCGCCUGAAGCGGAGUCCGGUUUGGACCGUAGCGAGCCGGAGCCCAUGGAGGUGGAGGAGGGCGAGCUGGAGAUCGUGCCGGUGCGGCGCUCACUGAAAGAACUGAUCCCGGACACAAGCAGAAGAUACGAAAACAAGGCUGGCAGCUUCAUCACUGGAAUCGAUGUCACCUCCAAGGAAGCAAUUGAAAAGAAAGAACAGAGAGCCAAGCGCUUCCAUUUUCGAUCAGAAGUAAAUAUUGCCCAAAGAAAUGUCGCCUUGGACCGAGACAUGAUGAAGAAAGCAAUCCCCAAAGUGAGACUGGAGACAAUCUACAUUUGUGGAGUAGAUGAGAUGAGUACCCAGGACAUCUUUUCCUACUUUAAAGAAUAUCCCCCUGCUCACAUCGAGUGGCUGGAUGAUACCUCCUGUAAUGUGGUUUGGUUGGAUGAAAUAACAGCCACACGAGCCCUUAUCAACAUGAGCUCCCUGCCAGCCCUGGAUAAGAUAAGAAGCAGGGAUGCCAGUGAGGACAAGUCAUCUGAGAAAAGUAAAAAAGACAAACAGGAAGACAGUUCAGAUGAUGAUGAGGCUGAAGAAGGAGAAGUUGAAGAUGAGAACUCAAGUGAUGUAGAGCUGGACACGUUGUCUCAGGUAGAAGAAGAGUCUUUGCUAAGAAACGAUCUUCGUCCAGCUAACAAACUUGCUAAAGGAAAUAGGUUAUUCAUGAGAUUUGCUACAAAAGAUGACAAAAAGGAACUUGGAGCAGCAAGGAGAAGUCAGUAUUACAUGAAAUACGGGAAUCCAAAUUAUGGAGGCAUGAAAGGAAUUCUUAGUAAUUCUUGGAAGCGAAGGUACCAUUCCCGUCGCAUUCAGCGGGAUGUGAUCAAGAAGAGAGCCCUGAUUGGGGACGACGUUGGCUUGACGUCCUAUAAACACCGACAUUCCGGACUAGUGAAUGUUCCCGAGGAACCCAUUGAAGAGGAGGAAGAGGAGGAGGAGGAGGAGGACCAGGACAUGGACGCGGACGACAGGGUGGUGGUGGAGUACCACGAGGAGGUCCCAGCCCUCAAGCAGACUCGGGAGCGGAGCACGUCGAGGCGAUCCAGUGCCAGCAGCUCAGACUCCGAUGAAAUGGACUAUGAUCUGGAACUGAAAAUGAUUUCCACUCCUUCACCAAAGAAAAGCAUGAAAAUGACGAUGUAUGCUGAUGAAGUGGAAUCCCAGUUGAAAAAUAUCAGGAACUCCAUGAGGUCAGAUACUCUAUCCACAAGCAAUAUAAAAAACCGAAUUGGUAACAAAUUACCAUCUGAGAAAUUUGCAGAUGUCCGACAUUUGUUAGAUGAAAAACGUCAACACCCACGUCCACGGCCACCGGGCAGCAGCACUAAAACAGAUAUACGCCAGCGAUUAGGAAAAAGACCGUAUUCUCCGGAAAAGGCUUUUAGUAGUAACCCAGUCGUUCGGAGAGAGCCCUUUUCUGAUGUACAUAGUAGGCUAGGUGUUCCCAGGCAAGAUGUUAAAGGCCUCUACUCUGACACGCGGGAGAAGAAAUCAGGUAGUUUAUGGACUCGCUUAGGAUCUGCACCCAAGACCAAAGAAAAGAACCCGAAGAAAGUGGAUCACAGGGCUCCCGGCACUGAGGAAGAUGACUCGGAGCUGCAAAGGGCAUGGGGGGCUCUGAUUAAGGAGAAAGAACAGUCUCGUCAAAAGAAGAGCCGGUUAGAUAACUUACCAUCUCUCCAGAUUGAAGUUAGUCGGGAAAGCAGCUCUGGUUCAGAGGCAGAGUCCUGAUGCCCUUGGGGCCAAGGCAGCUGCCCUGAAGCCUGACAUUCUUGCGCAGGGUGGGGCGCACAGUAGGAACCCUCUCUGUGGGAGUUGGCGCCCCUCCCGUUCUUACGCGGUCACCCUCGCUCUUGCUGCUUCGGCAAGAUGUCUUAAGAAUGUGACGUGUUUUGAAGGGCAUCUAUCUAGUCUUUUGCUGCAGAGUGAUAGUUCUGGGCCCUCAAUUCUUUUCCCAUCACCCCUCAAGCUUUACCCUUUGAGGAAAAGGCAGCCCUCCAGAUUUUGUAGACAUUUUUCUUAAUAUUUUUAACAUUGUGUCUUUUAAAAGAAAUGUUUUACACAGUUCAUCCAAAGAGCAGAGAACUGAACUUCUCACUAUUGCCUUGGCCCUGACAGCUGUUACCAGCACCCUUUUCCCAAGAAAAGUCAAUUCCCAGGUGCUUAUUGGACAGCCUUCGAGGGGGAAGAUGAGGGAAGCUGCCAGCUCACCCUUCCAGGACCCUAGUGUGGGGGCCGAAUCUCAUGGACCUGACCUCAGAGGUGCAGCCGUGCCGCCCAGGUAGAUACGAGCCGCAGCGUCGCCCGCCCUUCCUCCCUCCCUGGGGGUCUCUGUCAGGGGCCUCUCGUUAGCCAUCAGCUUGAAGUGAAGAUCAAGUUCAGUGCUGUGGGAUUUUUAGGAGCAAAAAACUGUGACUUCUGGAUUUGGGGUGGAUUUUUGUGCUAGGGGCGGGGUCAUGGGUUAAUGUUGAACAAUUUUUAUGUCUGUAUUAUGUUGAAAAAAUAAUAAUGAUUUAAAAGUUUAAAUUUUUAAUUUUUAUAUGUGAAAAUACUUCCUGUUGGCUACAAGGGAAGCUCAAGUGGUGUCUUCUAAUGUGCUGUUAAAUAUAUAUUAUAUACUUUGGAAGAA